CCUGUGAGAUCAGUGGACUCUGUGAAGGUCUAUUUGGCUUUUCUUCUCUCAACACCGCCGUGAUGAUUUCAAUCUAUCGAUUUUUAACUAUCGUUAAGCCAUGCCAACCAGCUUCAAACAUAAGCCACCGAUGCGCCUUGCUGAUGAUUGCAGUCGCCUGGUUGUGGUCUCUCUUUUGCUGCUCUCCUCCAUUCUACGGUUUUGGUGAGUUCCUUUAUUCACAAAGUCGCUAUAUCCCGGAUGGAAUUCAGACAUCUUGCAGCUUUGACUAUAUCGCUGACAACGUCGAAGGCAAUGUGCAUGUGGCAGGAAUGUAUAUUUGUGAAUUGCUGAUUUCAAUUGGAAUAAUUUUGUUCUGCUACAUUCAAAUCGUG